AUGAACAUGAGGCAGCUUCAAGGCCUGCUUGAAAAACAGCCACAAAGAAAACGAGUAAAUAAGUCCACGCGAAUACAUGACCUGCUGUACGGAACACUUCUAGACCAUGCCUGCGAAAACACUCUUCUAGUGCAGAAAGAGUAUAAAGAAUAUUUAAAACCUGUAAAGACCGCAAGACACACUAAAACACUGAAUAAGAGCCAGGAGAUAAUUAAAGAGUGGGAAGAGUCUCUAGUCCUUAAGGACAUAAUCGGUGCAUAUAAAGAGGAAAUCAUUAUGGCGCUCAGAGAAAGCAAGGCAGUUGUUAUAAAAGGAGGAACUGGAGCUGGAAAAACAACACAAAUCCCAAAGAUUCUGCUGGAAAUAACACCAGAAGACAAGAUCAUUGGGUGCACACAGCCAAGAAGAACAGCUGCAGUUUCUGUUGCAGAGAGAAUGCAGAAAGAAAUGAACAAAAAGGAAAUAGGAUACUCAGUUAGGUUUAAUGCAAAGAAAGGAGAAAGAAUAAAGUACAUGACUGAGGGCGUGCUUCUUCGAGAAAUAGUUCAGGACAGAGAGCUGAAAAGAUACUCUGUGAUAAUUCUGGAUGAAAUACAUGAAAGAACAAUUGAGUCUCUGAUUCUUCUUAAGUACUUGCUACUUCUGAUCCGCACCAGAACAGACUUAAAGCUUGUUUUAAUGAGCGCAACUUUAGAAGAAAGUGUUUUCCAAGAGAUAGGCCCCUUUCCUGUUGUGCAUAUCAAAAGCACACGCCAUUCUGUUGCAAUCCACUAUCUAAAAGAGCCUACGUCCGACUAUAUCAAAAGCAUUACUGAGAAAGUCCUUGAGCUGUCAAAUGAAUCUGUUGGCAUUCUUGUCUUUCUAACUGGUAUGGACGAUAUAAAAAUUGUAUACAACCUUUUGUUGGAGAAGAUUAAAGGAAUGAAGGUGGUCAUUCUGCAUGCAAAGCUUCCUAUUGCAGAACAGAUGGCAGCUGUGGAGAUGGAGGGGCCAAAAUGCAUUCUUUCCACAAAUAUAUCUGAAACAUCAAUCACGAUUCCAAGAAUAAAAUACGUCAUUGACUGUGGCAUGUACAAAAGCAUGGUCUAUGACUCUGUCAGGAAUGUAAAGGUCAUGAGAGUCAUUCCUGUCCAGAAGGUGCAGGCCAUUCAGAGAGCAGGCCGCACAGGAAGAACACUUAAUGGAGACUGCUUUAGAAUGUAUACGAAAGAAGCAUUUGAUUCGCUGCAUGAAACAGGAGUGAGUAAAAUUGAACUGGAAGACCUGGAGCAUUUCAUCUUUAUGUGCAUUCAGUUGAAUCUGCCAAUUGCACCACAUGAAAAUGUUCAGGCCGCCAUAUCUCGCAUGGAGAAACUGCAGGUCAUAAAGAACUUUAGACUAACUCCGCUGGGGCGAGAGGUUCAGAGACUUCCUCUCUCUGUGGUGCAUUCAGUAUUCCUCCUUGAAGCAUGUAAAAACAAAUGCGGCCAGGAAGCAGCAGUUAUUUUAGGAAUGCUUGAAGUCCUUUCUUCGCAAAAUGCCAAGCUGAAUGAGUUGUUUUCAGAGAAAGAAAUCCAGAGCAUGAAAAAUAGCGAUCAUCUAGCUCUCUUACACCUGUAUAAUAAAAUAAAAAGAAAAAACACUGUGGGUCUAAACCUGCAGAACGUGGACAAAAUAGUUAGCCAGCUAUGCAAGCUCAUGAAUAUUCCCAUUCACAAUAUGCAUGCCACCGAUUAUUCAGAUAUAGAUAGGCGUGUGCUUGAUUCACUGUUUUAUUCGCAUAGAUACAAUAUCUGCAUUAGGUCUGGGGAUCGAUACAGGGAAAUUCUAACCGGCGUUGAGUGCUUUAUUUCUCUUUCUUCCAUUGCAAAAGAUUCGUCUGAGCCUUUUGAUUAUAUUGUGUAUAAUGAGAUUGUAGAAAUUGGAAAGCCUGUUCUGAGCAUUGCAUCUAAACUUUCAUCUGAAAAAUUUAAAAGCCUUCAAGAGUUUUGCAUUGCAUGA